AUGUCGUUCAUACUCUCUCCCGCUGAGCCAGCGGACGUCCCCGAGCUCACGUCCAUCUAUCUGGCCUCCUUCGUCGAUCCCUUCUCGCUCACCUUGUUCCCCCGCACUCCUGGAGUGCGAGCAUGGUGGGAGCAGGACCUCGCGCAGGGGUUCGCAGACCCGAACGUGCGCAUGCUGAAAGUCGUGGACGACGCGUCCGGGCGAAUCGCCGCCUUUGCCAAAUGGGUGUUGCCCCCGCCGCAGGGCGAGGAGGAGAAUGAGGAGGAGAAAGGAGAGGCGCUCCCCGAAUGGCCGGAGGACGCGGAUGGACAGCUGUGCCAGAGUUUCUUCGCCGGCUUGCUGGAGGCGAAAAAGAGGCUGAUGGGUCCGAGGCCGUACUUUUAUUUGGAGAUGUUAGCGACGCACCCGGAUUUUCAGAAGCGGGGCGCGGCGUCGUUGCUGCUCUCUUGGGGAACCGCGCGAGCGGACGCUGCGGGCAUGCCGGCGUACUUGGAUGGAUCCCCCGUGGGUGUGGGGUUGUAUCUGAGGCACGGAUGGGAGGAGAAGGGCGUCGUCGUCCCGGAGGUGAACGGGGAGAGCGCGGCGGAGAGAUGGGAGAAGCGGUACUUGUGCAUGGUGCGCGAGCCGAGGGCCGGAGAGACGGGUAGGUAGCUAUCUGAAGAGAGAUUCGAGCAUUCGACCGUACACUCCCGUUCGGGGUCGUCUCAGAGGUUGAGGAGGUACAAUGCUAUUGAUCUUGCUUGGUACCGAUCGACGCCCACUCGGUGUCAGCGGUGCCAG